AUGUUAAAUAAUGAAAAUAUUAUAACAUCUGUUAUACCAUCGAGUGAAGAGGUAUCAUUUAUAGAAAAAAAUAGUAAUGAAAAUAAAUUUUUGAAUUCAUAUUUUUCUAUUGAUCUUAUUGAUAUAUUUAAAAGAAAUUUAUUUUUUGUAACAUUUCAAAUUUUUUGUCGAACUGAUGAUGAAGAUGGUGGUGAUUAUUAUCCAGUUGAAAUAGCUAUUAUGAAAUAUUCAUUUAUUGAAAGUAUUAAACAAGAAUAUUUUACAAUAAUUAAACCAGNUGAACUAAUUAUAGUAUUUUGCAAUGCAUUUGAACGUGAUCAAACAACUUAUCUUCUUAAUUGGCUUAUAUCCAAAGACAAUAUUGGCGGAGAACAAUCGGCAAGACCUUCAUUUCGUGUUUGUUCAUUUGAAGCUUUAGUUGCUGCAAUAUUUCGUCGUAUUGGUAUUGGUGAUUUUGCUCAUCAAAGCGUUCGAGAACAAUUACAUCGACCUGUUUAUACAACACAAGUCAAAGAACGAUGCAUUUGUCAUGAUUCAUUAGCUAUACAAUGUUGUUGUCGUGCUAUUAAUCAUGGUUUUAGUCUUUUUCUUGAUGGAUUUGUUCGACAACGUUUUAUGAAAUCAUUAUCUGAACAUGUUCAAAAUGAAAUAACGGAUAAAAAUUUAAGAAAAUUAUCACCAAUAAAUAGUUUUAUGCAUGAUAUUAAAUUCAUAAGUAAUGAAUCAAUAUCAUCAGUUAUUGAUUUAGUAGUUCUAAUUAGUGAGCUGUAUCCUACCCAGACCGUAGCAUGA